UUUCCGGUCAACGACUCUCUCAGAAGUCAGAUUUUGAAGCAAAUUCAUCAUCAAUCGGGUCAGAGAAGGAAGAAGAAAAAGAUGGGAGCUUUAGGGAAGCUAAUCGACGUAGCUCUCUUCGUAUACUUCGCUUCAAUGGCGAUAAUCGCGCCGCUCAUCGACGGCCAAACGUCGCUACCUGGAGGAAUCUACCCGGCGAUUCUCACCGAUCUGAAAAGCAAGUACAUUGUCGAUUUCGGAGACUACUUGCUCAUGGAGAAGCCGCAUUUUCUAGUUGGACUUGUGUGGCAUGAGCUUCUGUUCUUAUGGCCGCUCUCCAUUGCUAACGUCUACGCCAUUCUCGCCGGAAAUUCGUGGUUUGGUACCACCUGCUUGUUGUAUGGAGCUUCCCUCGUUACUUCCAUGGCUGCAAUCCUAGGAGAGAUGAUAGGUUCAGGGAAGGCAUCUGACAGGUUGCUAAUGAUGUAUGUGCCUUUCAUGGGUUUUGGGAUUCUGGCUGUUCUUCGUGGUUUAGUCUGUCGAUCCACCAAAAGCACCGGAUCUGUUGGCAAGAGAUCAACUAUCAUGCCAAGAAAAAAGAUGGCCUGAGAUAAAAGCAGUUAGUUUGCUCACUAUCCUUUUUUUCAUGUGAAAAUGUUAUUGCUUUCCUAGUUUUGUGGAAUUUUUGUUUGUUGGCUGAACAACAAUGAAAUAUUUCUUUGUUUUAAUUCAAAUUCAUUCUUUGCUC